AUGAACAUAUACACAUUUCUGUACAUCUUAGUUUGUUUAUUCAAUACGAACAUUUCAACAGUGACAACGACAGUCGUAGAUAAUGACUCGUCAGGUUCUGCAUCUCGUUUACUGGUUCUUCUAAUUGAUGGACUAAGAUGGGAUGUAAUAGCUGGUCAUUUAGAAAUUAAUACUAAUGAAUUCGGAUUCAAACGACUACAAAAAAAUGGUGCAUAUUUGCAACGUUUCACUCCUGUAUUUCCUGCAGAAUGUUAUCCGAAUAUUUACUCACUAUUCACAGGUCGUCACCCAAUUGAUCAUGGAGUUAUUCUGCCAACAACAUUUAGUGAACAUACAACGAUUAAUGGUAAACCUAUUCGUUCACAAGUUGAAGGUCUUUGGGAGACAGGAGUAAAACAAAAUAAAGGUGUUCAUCUUUAUCAUUUGCCUAUAUGUUCUACUGAAGUUGGCGGUGAAAAUAGUUGGUAUUGUGAACCGUAUAGUCAAGAAGUUAUGAAUCCUAUGAAUUUGAAUGCUACAAUACAAAAAGCUGUGGAUGGGUUAAAAAAUGGCAGUGCUCAUUUAGCAGUGGUAUACUACGAUGAAUUAGAUCGUAUCGGACAUAGAUAUGGUCCAUUAUCUAAUGAAUUAGUUCAUAAACAUUUAGUGUAUUUGGAUCAUGUUUUAGACCAUGCAUUGAACACCAUAGAAUCUAUACCAAAUUUAAAUUUAAUGCUAACUUCUGACCAUGGUAUGGCGACUGUCUCACAUCAAGCAUAUGCUGAUCGUUAUUUUAAAGGCUCAGAGUUGGAUAGAGUACUGAAUCGUGGAAGUACAUUGUGGAUCUGGCCUAAACCAGAAUUUGAAAACAAUGUUUAUAAUCGCUUACUAAUUCAACAGAGUAAAUCUCCUUUCACUGUAUACAAUUCAUCGACAAUCCCUUUACAUUGGGAAAUUACGACGAAUAAUAAUAAUUCAUUAUUUCCACCGAUAUUGUUAAUCGCUUCACCGGAUUAUAUAUUUCAUUCCAAUGCAUGGCCAUUAAAUAUGAGUCAUUACAAUUUGAUCGAUCCUAAAGGAAUGCAUGGUUAUGAUCCAGAACUACCUGACAUGCAUAUUCCAUUAUUUAUUUAUGGUCCAAAUUCUAAUCGUGGUGUUCAAUUAAAUUUUACCAAAGAAAUUCGUCCAAUUCAUAUACAUAGUUUAAUGGCUUAUUUAUCAUCGAUUAAUCUGCCAGAUUUCCGUUCACUCGAUUUAUUCAAACCAUUACUUUCACACAAUUAUAAUUAUGACAAUAAUCAGUUGUCACCUGUGUUGAAUAAUUUAUAUUGGUCAUCAUCAUUAUCAUUUUCUUCAUUAUUACAUGGAGAUCGUUUUAUGAUGACUUUUCUAAUCGGAGCAGCAGCGUUAACUUGUUUCUUUGUACUAAUUUGCACUUUCAUCGUAUUAGUCUGUAUUAGGUGUCGUAUUUCAUUGAUGACUACACGUGUAGUCGGUUGUCAAGAUGAACUAAACAAGGAAUUAGUCAAGUCUGAGGUACUUUCUGAAGCUUAACUUCUCGGUCAUACUGUGUUCUAUACUAAUGUGUACGUGUGUUCCUUGUCUUUUUUUCAACUAGUCUUUACCCC